AUGUGCGGACCACGAUCUCCUGAGGCACCGUGUUCGGCCCGGGUGUGUCGGACACCAGGCACGGGGCUCCUUCUGCUCUCCUACCUAGCUUACUUGGUGCUGGGCGCCGGUGUGUUCUGGGCACUGGAAGGUCGUGCGGCCCGGUAUUCCAGCCACAUCUUCCAGCGCGACAAGUGGGAGCGACUAAAGAACUUCACACGUCUGGAUGACCCAGCGCUGGAUCAGCUGAUCCGGGACAUCAUUCAAGCAUACAAAGAUGGGACCCAGCUCCUGGGCAGUACCACCAGCAUGGGGCGCUGGGAGUUUGUGGGCUCUUUCUUCUUUUCCGUGUCCACCAUCACUACCAUUGGCUACGGCAACCUGAGCCCAGAGACCAUGGCUGCCCGUCUCUUCUGUAUAUUCUUUGCCCUCGUGGGGAUCCCACUCAACCUGGUAGUGCUCAACCGACUGGGCCACCUUAUGCAGCGAGGGGUGCAUCGAUGUGUCCAGUGGCUGGGAGGCAGCUGGCAGGACCCAGCGCAGGCACCGUGGCUGGCAGGCUCCGCGGCGCUGCUCUCUGGCUUCCUGCUCUUUCUGUUGCUGCCUCCGCUUCUCUUCUCCCACAUGGAAGGCUGGAGCUACAUGGAGAGCUUCUACUUCGCCUUCAUCACUCUCAGCACCGUAGGCUUCGGUGACUACGUGAUCGGGAUGGACCCCUCUCGGAAGUACCCUGUGUGGUACAAGAACAUCGUCUCCCUAUGGAUCCUCUUUGGGAUGGCCUGGCAGGCCCUGAUCAUCAAAAUGAUCCUGUCCUUGCUCGAGAUGCCAAGGGACAUGUGCACCUGCUCCCUACGCUGCAUCAAGGGCCCAAGCUGGAGGCAGGGCCAAGAAGGAGAACGUGGGGUCCAAUCGCCGGGCAUCACAUCUGGAACCUUCCGCUCAGGCUAUGCGCCAUCUGCAAUGCUGGCGUGGUGGCAAGAGCCCCAGCAGCCGUACUGCACCCUGAAGUAG